CCGCGGAGAGCGCUGGCGGGCGGCGAGCGGACGCCGGACCGGCCGCGCCAUGAGGGUCCUCCCGCGCCUGCUUCUGCUCCUCUUGCUGGCGUUCCCCGCUGCCGUGCUGCUCCGAGGCGGCCCGGGAGGCUCAUUAGUUGCAGCUCAAGAUCUCACAGAAGAUGAAGAAACGGUGGAAGAUUCAAUAAUUGAAGAUGAAGAUGAUGAAGCAGAAGUGGAAGAAGAUGAACCCACAGAUUUGGCUGAAGAUAAAGAGGAAGAAGAUGUAUCUGGUGAACCUGAAGCUUCACCAAGUGCAGAUACAACCAUCCUGUUUGUGAAAGGAGAAGAUUUUCCAGCAAAUAAUAUUGUGAAGUUCCUAGUAGGCUUUACAAACAAGGGUACAGAAGAUUUUAUUGUUGAAUCCUUAGAUGCCUCAUUCCGUUAUCCUCAGGACUACCAGUUUUAUAUCCAGAAUUUCACAGCUCUUCCUCUGAACACUGUAGUACCACCGCAGAGACAGGCAACUUUUGAGUACUCCUUCAUUCCUGCAGAGCCCAUGGGUGGACGACCUUUUGGUCUAGUCAUCAAUCUGAACUACAAAGAUCUGAAUGGCAAUGUAUUCCAAGAUGCUGUCUUCAAUCAAACAGUUACGAUCAUUGAAAGAGAGGAUGGGUUAGAUGGAGAGACAAUCUUUAUGUAUAUGUUCCUUGCUGGUCUUGGGCUCCUGGUUGUUGUUGGCCUUCAUCAACUCCUAGAAUCGAGAAAGCGCAAGAGACCCAUACAGAAGGUAGAGAUGGGUACAUCAAGUCAGAAUGAUGUUGACAUGAGUUGGAUUCCUCAGGAAACCUUGAAUCAAAUCAAUAAAGCUUCACCAAGAAGGUUGCCCAGGAAACGGGCACAGAAGAGAUCAGUGGGAUCUGAUGAGUAAAUGUUCCUUUGUGCAACAAUUCAGUCUUUACUUAACCUGCCCUAAUGUUUUUCGGCCUGAUGGGAAUUAGUGCAGAGAAGCCAUAUCACCAUAGAAGGCAACUACUACUUAUGUGUGGACUGAGCAAUCAGAGUCUGUGGCGAUAAUAAUAUUACUGAAAAUGCACUGCAUUCAUUUUUCUAAAGUAACAAA